GCUUGACUUUGGUCAGAGAGUCUUCAAGAUGCCAAAUUGGGGCGGAGGUGCAAAAUGCGGGGCCUGCGACAAGACCGUCUACCACGCGGAAGAAAUCCAGUGCAAUGGAAGGAGUUUCCACAAGACCUGUUUCCACUGCAUGGCCUGCAGGAAGGCCCUGGACAGCACGACAGUUGCGGCGCAUGAAUCAGAGAUCUACUGUAAGAUCUGUUACGGACGUAGGUAUGGCCCCAAGGGGAUCGGGUAUGGACAAGGCGCUGGCUGUCUCAGCACGGACACGGGCGAGCACCUCGGCCUCCAGUUCCAACAGUCCCCAAAGCCAGCGCGCUCAGCUACCACCAGCAACCCUUCCAAGUUCACUGCGAAGUUUGGAGAGUCAGAGAAGUGCCCUCGAUGCGGAAAGUCAGUCUAUGCUGCUGAGAAGGUCAUGGGAGGUGGCAAGCCUUGGCACAAGACCUGUUUCCGCUGUGCCAUCUGUGGGAAAAGUCUGGAGUCAACGAAUGUCACUGACAAAGAUGGAGAACUUUACUGCAAAGUUUGCUAUGCCAAAAAUUUUGGGCCUACGGGUAUUGGGUUUGGAGGCCUUACACAUCAAGUGGAAAAGAAGGAGUGAAAAGGUGUACCGUCUCUCAGAUUUUUCGCCAGCCUCAAGUAUUUGACAAGUAAUCCUACACAGAAACCGUUCCCCAAACAGCCUCUCACUUGUAGUUGGACAGUGUUUCUCUUCAGAAGUGAUAAUAGUGUUUACCUAAAGUUAGAAGAGAUCUUUGGAUGAAAAUUACAUAAAAUUUAAUCUGUAACAAAUGUUUUAUUAUGUACGAUACAUGGGGUGGGAGAGGCAAUAAAUACAUUUUAGUGGUA